AUGUACGCCGGCUUUCCCAGGCUCAACGUGACGGAGGCGCAGGAGGCCGUCGAUCUCGACUUCGAGCUGGCGAACGAGAAGGGCUGCGUGAAAGCAACCGAGCUCCUGGUGCCCAAGGUGGUGAACUUGUCAUUCCCUGCCGUGUGCGCGCUGCUCUACAACGCACGCACCGCGACGAGCAGCCGCAACAUCUUCGGCAGCGUCAUCGGCCUCCAGCUGCAGGACGUUGUCGAGGUGACGGACGUCAAGAUUAACCCGUCCAUCGACAUUGAGGAGGAUGACCGCAUGACCGAGGAGGAGCGCAUGGAGCGGGUGCGCAAGGAGCGUAAGCUGCUGGACGUCGACAAGGCAAUCUUCGAGAAUAUGUACAAUCAAGAGAACCUCGACACGAACGUCAUUGGCCAGUUUGUCAUCUCCAGCGCCCGCUUCAACCCCUUUUCCACGCGCACGAUGCGCAAGUUGCAGGAGCUGCACAGGGAGAGCCUGCCAGCGAUUCUUCUGACGUACGAUCCCUUCCGCACAGGCCUGUUAGGCCGCCCCCACAUCCGCGCCUACACGCCGACGGCGGCCUAUUACAAGUACGACUCGCUUGUGUCGACCGAGCGCGGCUACCAGCGUCGCCGUAGCCUGGCGCAGUACGCCAAGGAGAGUGGGGUCACCAAGGAGGGUGUGCUCCACGAGAUUCCGGUGAAGUUGGAGGUGGACGCCUUCCACAGGCUGAACCUGAUGAACCUGCAACCGACUUCAAUCGGCGAUUCCUUCAAGGCCAUACAGAGUAUGGCAGUGAGCAACUACAUGGAGGCGCUGCUUAGCUCGAUCCGUAACAACACGGAUCAGCUGAAGCAGAAACUUGAUUACGAAGGUAAUAUUAAGGAUAACGGCAACGUGCCCGUCGGUCAGGAUGCGGAAACGAUGCUACUCAUGAAGCACCUGCGUGACCAGACGGACCACCUGGAUGCGCUCUGCGAUAGCACCCUGCUCUACUCCUCGAUGCUACGUGAUCUGUAG